UCAUAACUUUCUCACCAAUAUCCAACUUAAUCAAUUACUUUUACGGCACAAAAAAUCAAAACAGUAACCUAAUAAACGACAUAAAAAGUUUCCAUAAUUUCUUCUAUUGUUGAUUAUUUAAUCUCCUUCUAGCUUUCUUCAUCUUUCACCCAAAACUUUCAUCAUUCAUUCAAACAAACCCCAAAACGCAAUGUCGUCUCCAAACAAACCCAAGCUCGUUCUUCCUUGGAAGACUCGCCUCUCAAUUUCAUUCCUAACGGCUUUAACGGACGCCGCAUGUCGAUCUGACGGAACCAUUAACCGCCGUUUUCUCAGCGUCCUAGAUCGUAAAGCUACCGCUAAAGCCACUCCUAUUAACGGCGUUUCAACCAAAGACGUUACGGUUAGCGACGAACAUAACGUUUGGUUCCGUCUCUACACACCCGCCGGAGAUGAAACUGACACCAUAACCGCCUCCCUUCCGGUGAUAAUUUUCUUUCACGGUGGUGGAUUUAGCUAUCUCUCCCCAGCUUCAAUCGCCUAUGACGCCGUUUGCCGUAGAUUCUGCCGUAAAAUCUCCGCUGUUGUUGUCUCCGUCAACUACCGUCUAACGCCGGAGAAUCCUUACCCGUCGCAAUACGACGACGGAGAAUCCGUGUUAAAAUUCCUCGACGAGAACAAAUCUGUGCUACCGGAAAAUGCUGACGUGUCAAAAUGUUUCUUAGCCGGGGACAGUGCCGGUGCAAAUCUAGCACACCACGUGGCGGUCCGGGUCUGCAAAGCGGGGCUCCAGAGGAUCCGGGUUGUCGGAUUGAUUUCGAUCCAACCGUUCUUCGGCGGAGAGGAGCGGACAGAAGCCGAGAUUCGCCUCGAGGGAUCGCCGUUGGUGUCGAUGGCGAGGACAGAUUGGCUGUGGAAUGUGUUUUUGCCAGAGGGAUCGAAUCGGGAUCAUGGCGCGGUGAAUGUUUGCGGGCCGAAUGCGGAGGAUUUGUCGGGUUUGGAUUACCCGGAUACGGUUGUUUUUGUGGGCGGGUUUGACCCGUUAAAUGAUUGGCAGAGGAGGUAUUGUGAUUGGUUGAGGAAAUCAGGGAAAAAUGCUGAGUUGAUUGAAUAUCCUAAUAUGAUUCAUGCUUUUUACAUUUUUCCUGAUUUGCCCGAAGCUACUCAGUUGAUUAUGCAAGUUAAGGAUUUUAUUCACAAGAAAGUUUAAUUAUAAAUGAUGAUCAUUGAUGAUUGUUGUAAUAAUAUUGCUAUGAUGAUAACAUUAAGGGAUAAUAAUAUCUCAGAGAGCACACAAUAUAGUGUUAUAUUCUCUAAAAGAAA